AUGGGCUACGCCGGGUACUACUCCACGACCGCCAAGAUCCCCGACCAGCUCACCCCCGUCGAGGCGGCCCUCCGCAACGUCAAGCAAAUGGACUCGCUGGAGAUCGUGGGUAAGCUCGUGUACAACACGGUGGUCUCGCCGCAGGAAGCCAAGUUCCGCAGGAUCCGUCUGAGCAACCCCAAGAUCCACGAGGCGGUCGUCAAGGCUGGCGCCGUGGACGCCCUCGAGCGCAUGGGCUGGCAGAAGGCCGCGGACGGCGAGAACGCGGAGGGCGCGCUGGUCCUCCCGGACGGCCGCUUUUUGACCAUGAAGGAGUAUAAGAUGAUUGAGGAGGCCAAGGAUCGUCUGAAGAAGGCCAUCGCCGACGAGGCGCGGUUCAAGAAGUAA